UUUUGUGAAUGGACGUAUGUGUAUUUUCUGGAUGCUGUCAAAUUUUACGAUAGUUUUUCCCGUAAAUUACAAAGUUUUAUUGUACCAAUAAAUAAACCGUUCAGUAACAAGUGUAUUCGCCGCAGUGUACCUUUCUGAACGCAUCUUUGAAAGUGGAAGCAUAUUUACUUCGUUUUCAUUUGGAAAUCAAAUUGCUGUGUGUCGGAGUCCCAGUUUCGUAGCAGUAUUUUGCAUGUCCCGAAUCUAUGGCGUCAUUGUCACUUCCUCGAGUUCUUCAGCUGAAGAAGAACAGUCUGGACGCUGAGAGGGAGCAGUUCGAGAAGUUCCAGCGUCACAUACGGCACUAAUCUAAUGCAUGCCGCCGCUGCUCUGCACUAACACGCUAUGGCGAUGUCAACAAACGACAAACGCUUCUACCAGCUGUCUCUGGCCAUCAACAAGGCUAUCAACUCGAUCGAGACGCCAGUGAAGGAGAAGCAUGUCCGCAGCACUAUCAUCGGCACCUUCCAGGAGCGCAGCGCCGUCACGUAUUGGAUGGUGGCGGUGCGCCUGCCUCUUCAGGAUAACAGGAUCGUGGCGUGGAAGUUCUGUCACGUGACACACAAGCUGCUCCGGGAGGGGCACCCGGCCUGCCUCGAUGACUCGCAGCGGCACAUCGGCAUGAUCGAAAACCUCGGCAAGCUAUGGGUGCACCUCCGCGAAGGAUACGGGCGCUUAAUCCACCUGUACGGCAGCCUGUUGGUGACGAAACUGAAGUUUCACGCACGCAACCCUCGCUUCCCUGGCAACAUGCAGCUGACGGUCGACGAGCUCGACGCCAUCGCCGAGAACGACGUCAACAACUACUUCCAGCUGUGCGUCGAGCUGUUUGACUACAUGGAGGAUAUCCUCAAUUUACAAGCAGCGGUGUUCGACAGCCUGGGCAACGCACGCGCCAACUCAAUGACAGCAAGCGGGCAGUGUCGCCUAGCGGCAUUGAUUCCAUGCGCGCAAGACUCCUCCCACAUAUACGACUGUAACGUGAGGCUGCUGUUCCGGCUGCACGCGUCUCUGCCAGCGGACACCCUGGCGGGACACCGGGAAAGAUUCCGGCAGCAGUUUAAAAAGCUGAGCUCAUUCUACAAGCACGCCAGCAGCCUGCAGUACUACAGGAACCUGCUGACGCUGCCCGUGCUGCCUUCCAACCCUCCCAACUUCCUGCUGCAGAGCGAUUUCGGAACAUACGUGACUCCAGUGGUUUCGAUUCCCGAGCCACCGCCGGAUGAAGUGGAUGCCGUCGGGUCUCUCAUCGACACUUCAGAUACCAUCAGCCAGGCCACAACUCCAGACCAUUUCGAAACAUUGGAUACUCGCGCCACGCCUUCACCUCAACCUGACCCCAUCGUGGAGCGCGACAGACUCAUCGACCACCUGCAGAACGAACUCAAGAGAAUGCGGUCUGAAGUAUCACAACUAGUACAAGAAAGAAACACAAUGCUUAGUUCCAUGAGAGAGCACUGUACGCGACUAGAAUCCCAAUUACACAGUGCAAAGAUUGAAAUUGAAGAGGAAAAACAAAAGGCCCAACUAUUGUCCGCCGAAACGCCAGAAAUCAAACAGAAACUAACAGAAACCGAAGAAAAAGCCAAAGUCACAGAUGAGAAGUUCCAAAAACUAAAAGGGGCAUACACGCAGUUAAGAGAAGAACACAUAGCAUUGAUUAGACAGAAAGCGGAAGUAGACAAAAUGUCGGCAAGUUUACGAGCCGCCGCGGCACAACAUGAAAGUGCUAAGACAGCUCUUCAACAACAGCUAAACGACAGAAUGAAGGAUUUCGAAUUGCUCCAACAAAGUUCUUCGUCAAGCGAAGAGGUUGAAGCGUACAAGAGCGAAAUUGCUAACCUCCGAAGUGAAAUAGAGCAGUCUAGACAAAAGGAGGUAGAGUUAGAAACGCUACGAGGUUCGAUGGAAGCCUUAGAAAUUGAACACAAGACAGCGACUGCGGAGCAACAAGAGAAGCUCACGACUGUCACUAAUGAACUGAAAGAAGUAACAGAAAAUCUAGAGAAAAUAAAACAAGAAAAAGAAGAAAGGGAGAGUGAGUUAUGUAGGGUUAAGACAGAGUUAAUGGGACUGAGAGAGAAAAGUGGAGAAGAGUAUAAACGGGUGGUGGAAGAGAAGGAAGCGGCGUUGAAGCAAGUUUCUGAACUCACGCAACAACAUCAGCAGGAGAAAGAGGUACAGGGACAUCGUAUUAACAACUUGCAAUUGGAGUUAGAAACUUUACGAAUAAAACUAAUAGAUUCAGAAAAAAAUCUUGAGAUUCGGUGCAAGAAAAUAAGUGAUGAAUUUUCUCAAAAAAAUCGCGAAUUAGAAGAGGGUCUGAUUAGGAGGGAAACAGAAAUAAAAGAUGCACUUGAGAAAAUGGCCCAGUUAGAAUCCGAAAUCGAAGUAACUAAAGAGAAAUUUGAAGAAACAGUUACAGAAAAAGAUAGGAAGGUAGCUAACCUCCAAGACAAAUUAAAUGAACUUAUUCUUAUCAAAGGCAUCAAUGAUACAACUCUUAAAGAAAUAGAAGUAGAAAAAGAAAAGGUUAAGGUUCAACUAGCUGAAAUUUCUAAUGAAAAGGAAUCGCUUUUAAAAACAUUAGCUGAGAAGGAAUCGGAAAUAUCCAAUCUGGGUAAUACCAUUAAAGAAUUACAAACUCGAGAACAAAUCCAAAAGACAUCAUUUGAAGAAAUAGAUAAAAAUAAAACUAAAGAAAUAUCUGAACUACAAGAGCGAUUGCAAAAUGUAAUUCAAGAAAAAGAUAGUGAAAUAAAUGAGUUACGAAAAAUUCUUCAAGAUAAAACUGAGUUGCAAAAAUCUGAAGGCGAAACCUUGAUAAAAACAAUUUCUGAACUAAAAACUUCGAUCAUUGACAAAGAUAAAGAAAUUGAAACUUUGACAUCAAAAUUAAUGGAAACAACAGAUGAACUAGAGAAACAAACGACAGACUUAGAAUUAUUAAAAAAAGAAAAUGAAUUAAAAAUUACAUUGUUAGAAGAUAAACUUCAAACAGUGACACAAUGUAAAGAUGAAAUAAUCGACACCUUAACAGGCUCAAUAGCUGAGAAAGACAAUCAAGUCAUAACCCUCAAUGUUGAAGUGAAUACGCUAUCAGCAGAUGUAGCAAGGCUAGAAGAAGAACUUAAAGAGACGCAGGCAGAGAUGGAAAUUGGUAAAAACGAGCUACUAACAUUGAGAGAGGAACACGACCGCAUAGUGGAAAUUAAUGAAAACAAUAUAGCUUUGAAAAACAAAGAAUUAAGAAGUCUGAACGAUGAAGUCGAAAAGUUAACACGAGAAAACGCUGAAUUAAUCUCGGAAAAGGAUAAAUUGACUGAAGAAAAACAGGUUUUGGAAAGUAAACUGAAAGAGGUCCAAGGAGCUUACGAGUCGAAAAUUCAGGAGUACAAAAGUUUUCAAAACGAAAAAACUGAUGCUGUUAAUGAACUUAACAGUGUAAUUGAAGAGCUUAAAUCUGAAUAUGAACAACUGAAAGAUUUAAAAGACACUGAAAUUAAGAGACUGCAUGAAAAAAUACAGGACAGCGAAUCAAAAUUCAGUAUUCAAGUUUGUGAAAAAGACGAAACUAUCGCCAAGGCAGAGACCAAUAUAAACCAACUAAAAGAUAAACUGGAAACGUUACAGAGUGAAAAAACAAAAGAGAAGGAAGAACUAAACGAAGUCGUGGAUCAGAAAGAGAAAGAGAUGCAGAAGUUGGAAGUAAGACUGCAACACGCAGAAGGCAGCCGUUUGAACGCAGAGUGUGAAUUGCAGGACUUACUUCAACAUAAUAGCGUACUCGAGGCAGACCUCGCUGCGGCGAAGAAGCAGUUGGAGGAGACUAAAAUGGAACUACUCAAACAGACUUCCCGACUAGUGAGUGUCGCGGGCUCCGCAGCAUUGCAAGUGACAGACGAGGCUCUCGCAGCGCUAGAGCGUGGUAGCGCCUCCGAGACCAACCGCGCCGCCGCCGAACUCGCCGCUACAGCUUUACAGGAUCUGGCACAGACUGAGGUGCAAGGCAACGAGGAGACCGUGGCGCGGUCAGCCAUCGUCGCGGCACACAACACCGCGACGUUAUCAGCGUACGCGACCGAAGUGUGCAACAUAUCUACUGACAUGCAGCUUUCUGACAAACUAAGCAACGAAUGCCGCGCGAUGUUGCAAUCAACAAAGCAAUGCCUCGAGGCACUCAGCACUGGCAGUAUUCCUGCCUCCGCGUGUGUGGAGGCGCGAGGCCACGUGAACAUCGUGGCGCAGACCGCGGCCGCGGCUGACAGGCUCAACAGUGGCGCGAGGAGUGUGGACGACGAGCUGGCUGAUAUGGACAGCGCUAUCGAGCAGGCCGCCUCGCAGAUUGAGGAGAUGCUCAAAGCAAGUCGUGCUGGCGACUCGGGCGUGAAGCUAGAAGUGAACGAGAAGAUCUUAGACGCAUGUACCACUCUGAUGGGCGCAGUCAAGAUGCUCGUGCAGGACGCUCGGAAGCUGCAGAACGAACUGGGAGACCCUAAGACGAGGCAGAAGAUGUACCGCCGCAACCCGCAGUGGUCCGAGGGACUCAUAUCUGCUGCUAAAGCGGUGGUCUUCGCUGCUAAGUUGUUGGUGUCGUCCGCGGACGAGGCGGUGGGCGCGGCGGGGCGCGUGGAGGGCGUGUCGGCGGCGGCGCACGAGGUGGCGGGCAGCACGGCGCAGCUGGUGGCGGCGUCGCGGGCGCGCGCGCCGCCCGCCGCGCCCGCGCUGGCGCGCCUCACGCGCGCCUCGCGCUCCGUGGCCGCCGCCACCGGCGCCGUCGUGGCCGCCGUGCGCGCCGGCUCCGCGCUGCAGCACGACCAGGAAGCCCUAGACACCUCAGCGUUGACGUUGACGGCGACCAGGCGGCUAGAGAUGGAGUGCAAGGUGCGCUCGCUCGAGCUAGAAAGCGCGCUCGACGCCGAGCGGGCACGGCUGGCCGCGCUGCGCAAGCGACACUACCACCUCGCGCAGCAGGAAGAGAAUGGCAACAUGACGAACGGAAAAUAAUAAAUUAUAAGAAUAAGAUCAACCCAAAUGUUUGAAAUAUAAAUUCGAGUCAAUUUGUGUGAAUGUUUUGUAUGCGCACUAGCUUUUUUUGCCAAAAAAGCAUUGGCAUUAUUAAAUUAAAUAAAUAUUAUAUUUGGAAUUACCACGCAAUUUAAACUAUCACUAUUGUACCUUUGAAUUGACGAAUCAUUCUAAAUCAUGCAUUUAUUGUUUUUGCAACGAACUUUCUUUAUUGCUUGACGUGUGCUGUUUGUACGAAAUAAGGUUAAGAGAGAAUGUUUGUCUUCCUUAAGAUGAAGGCUCAAUUUUGCUACCUUAGACAAAAGUGGGUACAGUCUGGUAAAACGAGAGUAGAAUGCUAUCAUACGAUCUAAAUGGCAACAUUUGUUUCAGCCCCUGUCAAUGUGAUUGAUGAAAAUGCAAGAUUGGCUCAGUAUUGCCAAUUAAUAGAAAUUCUACUCUUUUUUCCCAAACUCUAAGGAAUCCAUGUCGUUUUGGGAUUGUAAUUUUGUAGUAGGGCUCUAUUGAGAAUAUGUUUAUACGAUAGCUCUUUAGAUUUUUAUUUAUUUAUCUAAGAAUGUUACAUGUAUCGGUUUCUACUUUUCAAUAAUUGUCACUGUAAGGUAGAUUUACCGUGGACACCAAAUUGUACUACAUAGAAAAUUAAUAUGAUGGUGUAGAUACAUUGUAUGAUAAGCAUUAUAACGUAGGUGACGGCAGCUAAAAGGUAAGGCACGAGGCUGCGCGGUUUUUGUACGUAUUUUGGCUUCGGUGUACGGACACUAAGUCUUCCCAACUUGCUGACCGUAAACUAAUCGUCACUGUAAAGGUUAAUGUAGACAUCAACCUCUGUGUAAAACGUGUAGAUAGUUAUAGUGUAACAUUUUGUAAUAAUUCGUAAUAAUAACGCGGGCAUGUCAGGCUAAACACGCCUUUAAACUGUCCUAAGUUAGGGCACGAUGAAUUGAUCGAUGAAACAAGCCAUUUUCACUUCUCGCAUGUCACAUUUCUCUGAUAACUUGCCAACUCUAACAAGUUUAUGGGACAGUAAGCUUUAAGCGAAGAGACUAUGGAAAACGUGAAUUGUUUAAUGUACCUUACUGUAUAGAAGUAUGAUUCACCUAAAUAUUCUAAAUGUUGUUAUGAUUUAUAAUAUGAAUUAAUUUUACAAAUAUGACGUAGUUUUAAGCUUUAAUUACUAUACAGACAGCAUAUUAUGAUUUAUGACUUAUAUUAAAUAUAUUUUUCUCUGCAUUUGAAACACCACUAACACGUUUCAUUUAGCUAAUGAUACCCUAAACCAUUUUAUUAUCCUUUUGGAUAUAAAUGUAGUAGAAAUUCCGGAUUUUCUUUUGUAAUAUUUAUAUCGCAUAUUUAAUGUUUACUAAUAAAAAUAUGUACACAAUU